AUGGGCUUAACUUCGUACUGGUAUGACCAGGAAAAGGGAGUAUAUGAACGAAAUUCCGUAUCCGGAACGCUGGCCACUGCCGUAAAUAUAAUGGGUGCCAUUGUCUUGGUACAAGUUUUGAUUGACUAUUUAGAAGUCUUUGAGAAUAUUGAGCAGCGACAUCGUCUGAUGGUGAUAAUGUCAUCAUUCAAAUAUCUUCAAGGGCUGCUAGUUCUAAAUGCCAUCGUACAUAUCUGGCGCACAGAUGGCAGCUAUACAGCUAUUAAAAGGCAAAUAGAAAAGUUGGAGGAGCAGAGCCGAAGCAAUUUUGCAAGUUCUAAAAAAAUUGAUGGACAAUUUAAAAAAUUGUUGUAUUUUAAAUACUCCAUUAUGGCAUACCUUUAUCUGUCCGUCCUGAUAACCAGCUAUACUGUACUGUCCCGCGGCAUGAACUUUUGGACCAUCUUCAGGAUUGUCUUGCUUGCCAAUGUCCAAUAUCUUACCUAUUUGAUAUUGUUUCAAAACUUUCAAAUGUUUUGGAAAACCUGUCGCAUUUAUAGCUACAUUGAGUUGUAUAUUUCCUGUCUAGCCGAAGAGGCCAUUCUCGAAUUGCCUAGUAGGAAUGAUCUCAAAGAACGUCAUCUAUGUUACAAAUUAUCUUGGCUAUUGCAGUUGCAUUCGAAUUUGGGCUCCUGUCUAAGGAGGUUACAAAUUCUCUGUAAAUCGCAGAUAUUUCAGUGUCGUUAUAAUGUAAAUGUCAAUGACAUCAUAGCGGUCUAUUAUGCUUUCCUGUAUCCGGAAUAUAUCAAGGAUGAUGUGGCAUUUCUUAUCCUAGUGGUGUCCACAAAUGUCUUUAAUAAUAUAGAUUUAUAUUUGAAUGACAACAUAAUUGAUAUGACCUCGCAACAUUUUACCGACUUGAAUUUGGCCCUGAAGAAAUUCACUGGAGUUCGUAGCUAUGCAAGAGAUCUUGAGAGACAGUGCGAGGAAUUUGCCAUUUAUAUUUGUAAUCGUAAACUGAAUUUGAAACUGGCCGGAGCUCUGAAUAUGGAUCGAAAAUCCUGGUUCUCCAUGAUGUCCCGACUGGUGAUGUUCUCGAUAAUUUUGAUACAAAGUCACAUGUAUAUAGAUCGGCAAAAGUGAA